UGGACAUCGACUGGACAUCUUGAAUUCUUAAACUGAUGAUUGAUUAUUGAAAGUAUUAUUCCUUAUGGACAUCGGCUUGGAGAGAAGCUUCAAAAUAUUCGUGUAAACAACCACCAACAGUCUUCUCCGCCAACAACAUUGAUUUUGACACCUGCACGAUAUGAUGUUGUGUGAUUAGGAGGUCAUCACUUGGUCUGUCACUCCGCCGGACAGUCGCUGCUGGUCCAUUGCUAUCAUCUCAUUCAUCUUUAAGAAGCAUACCUUGUCCUGGCCUGAAUUGAGGGUCGGUUGAGAAGAAGAUCUCCCAGAUAUCAGUUUCCGGCACCACAACAGGCCGACAACUACAACACAAUGGCGGACGCCCCCCUAGCAUCCUUAUCACUGACCCAUGUCCAUUAUAAUCCUGAGGAUCUGCUCUCCUAUGUAUCCGCUUAUCUUGCUUUAGUGCCCCAGGCCCUGGUCAUCUCCUAUGUCACCCUUGCCUGGGCGUCCAGAGAAGUCGAAGUCAUCUUGAUGUUUGCUGGUCAGAUGGGCUGUGAGGCGCUGAACUUUAUCCUAAAGCGUAUCAUCAAGGAAGAAAGGCCAAAACAAAUGUUCGGCAAGGGCUAUGGCAUGCCAUCGUCGCAUGCCCAGUUUAUGGCUUUUUUUGCCGUAUACGCUGGACUCUUCUUGGUUCUCCGACAUUCCCCUGCCUUGACCCGCCCAGCAGCCACGGUUCACUUUGGGGUCCGAGCACUCCUCUCUCUUGUGUUGUGCGUCGCUGCUGCUGCAGUGGCUGUCAGUCGCGUUUACCUGAACUAUCACACUCCCAAGCAGGUCCUGGCGGGCUGUAGUGCGGGUGCCUCGUGUGCGCUCGCGUGGUUUUUCGUUACGCGGCAGAUCCGCGUUCUUGGCUGGAUCGACUGGGUACUAGACUUGAAAGUCUCGAAGUUCUUCCGGCUUCGCGACUUAGUGGUAAAUGAGGACCUUGUAGAGGCCGGAUGGCGACACUCGGAAGCGAAGCGGGCUCCGAAGCGGAAAGGAAACAGUGAGCAUCGUUCAAAGAAAACCGAAUGAAAUGUGCAUGCGCCGUUAGGUGCUAAUCAGGGAGUAGGGCUACCCAACGGUCCCUCUGUUUGAUGAAUAUGUCGUUCCCACCACACGCCUGCCUUUACAACUAGGAGCCUGUGGUUGACGUGCAUGGCUCGGUAGUCUAUGAGCCUUCGGCACUCGGGUCAGCAACA